CUUGAAACCAUUAAACUCGGUUUCUGCAGUGAUGAUCAUAAUGUGGGAUGCAUAGAUAUAGAGAGGAAAGCCCUUCUCAAGGUCACACAAGGCCUCACGGAUCCGUCCGGACAGCUUUCGUCUUGGGUGGGAGAAGAUUGCUGCAAAUGGAGUGGUGUAGGCUGCAACAACAUAACUGGACGUGUCAACAGGCUCGAUCUUGGCAAUCGUGAUGGGUACGAAGAGAAUGGAUUUGAUGGUGAGAUCAACCCUUCUUUGCUUGUUUUGAAAGAUUUGGAAUACUUGGAUUUGGGCAUGAAUAACUUUGGAGGUGUCCAACUUCCAAGUUUCAUUGGAUCACUAGAGAAACUGAAAUACCUCAAUCUCUCUGGUUUAUAUUUUGUUGGAGUCAUUCUCCCCAAUCUUGGAAACCUCUCAAUGUUGCUUUAUCUUGAUCUUAAGAGUCAUGAAACUCUUGAGACUGACCUUCAGUGGCUUACAACUCUUUCUUCCUUAAAAUACCUUAACUUGGGAGGAGUGAACCUUACUAAGACUACAUCCUAUUGGCUUCCCACUGUUAAUAUGCUCCCUUCACUAGUUGAAUUGUAUUUGCCCUCUUGUAGUCUUCCCAUGCUUCCUCUCACUCUUCCUUCCAUCAAAUUCACAUCCCUUUUAGUUCUUGAUCGCUAUGGCAAUGAAUUCAACUCCACGAUACCUCCUUGGUUGUUCAAUCUCACUAAACUAUAG